CCCUCCUGAGCCACCAUGGGGCUGCCACUAGCUCGCCUGGUGGCUGUGUGCCUAGUCCUGGCUUUAGCCAGGGCCUCGGAGCUCCAAAGAGAAGCCAGAACCCGAAACCAUGUCUGCAGCACCUGGGGCGACUUCCACUACAAAACCUUUGACGGUGAUGUCUUUCGAUUCCCCGGCCUCUGUGAUUACAACUUUGCUUCCGACUGUCGAGACUCCUACAAGGAAUUUGCUGUGCACCUGAAGCGGGGCUUGGACCCGGCUGGGGGUCACCCCCGGAUAGAGUCCAUCCUAAUUACCAUUAAGGACGACACCAUCUACCUCACCCACAAGCUGGCAGUGGUGAAUGGGGCCAUGGUCAGCACCCCGCACUACAGCUCCGGGCUCCUCAUUGAGAAGAAUGAUGCCUACACCAAGAUCUACUCCCGUGCUGGCCUCUCCCUCAUGUGGAACCGGGAAGACGCACUCAUGCUAGAGCUGGACAGCCGGUUCCAGAACCACACCUGUGGCCUCUGCGGGGACUUCAAUGGCAUGCAAACCUAUAAUGAGUUCCUCAGUGAAGGCAUACAAUACAGUGCCAUUGAGUUUGGGAACAUGCAGAAGAUCAACAAGCCUGAGGUUGAAUGUGAGGACCCCGCGGUGGAGCAAGAGCCAGAGGCCUGCUCUGAGCACCGAGCUGAGUGUGAGAGGCUGCUGACCUCCACAGCCUUCGAGGACUGCCAGGCCCGGGUGCCCGUGGAGUUGUAUGUGCGCGCCUGCAUGCAGGACCGCUGCCAGUGUCCUCAGGGUGGCGCCUGCGAGUGCAGCACCCUUGCUGAGUUCUCCCGCCAGUGCUCCCACGCAGGCGGCCGACCUGAGAACUGGAGGACUGCCUCACUCUGCCCCAAGAAGUGCCCUGGUAACAUGGUGUACCUGGAGAGCAGCUCUCCCUGCGUGGAUACCUGCUCACAUCUGGAGGUCAGCAGCUUGUGCGAGGAGCACUACAUGGAUGGCUGUUUCUGCCCAGAAGGCACUGUAUAUGAUGACAUCACGGGCAGUGGCUGUGUCCCUGUGAGCCAGUGCCACUGCAAGCUGCAUGGGCACCUCUAUAUGCCAGGCCAGGAGAUUACCAAUGACUGUGAGCAGUGUGUCUGCAAUGCUGGUCGCUGGGUGUGUGAAGACCUGCCUUGUCCUGAGACCUGUGCCCUGGAAGGUGGCUCCCACAUCACCACCUUUGAUGGAAAAAAGUUUACUUUUCACGGGGACUGCUACUAUGUCCUGACCAAGGGCAGCCACAAUGACUCCUAUGCCCUCCUGGGUGAGCUGGCCCCCUGCGGCUCUACAGACAAGCAGACCUGCCUGAAGACUGUGGUGCUGCUGACUGACAACAAGAAGAACGUGGUGGCCUUCAAAUCAGGUGGCAGCGUGUUACUCAACGAGCUGGAGGUGACCCUGCCCCAUGUGGCAGCGAGCUUCUCCAUCUUCCAACCCUCCUCCUACCACAUUGUUGUGAACACGGUGUUCGGGCUGCGGCUACAGGUUCAGCUGGUCCCAGUCAUGCAGCUUUUUGUGACUCUGGACCAGGCUGCCCAGGGACAGGUACAGGGUCUCUGUGGGAACUUCAACGGCCUGGAAAGUGAUGACUUCAUGACGUCUGGUGGGCUGGUGGAGGCCACGGGUGCCGGCUUUGCCAACACCUGGAAGGCCCAAUCAAGCUGCCAUGACAAGCUAGACUGGCUAGACGACCCCUGUUCCCUCAACAUUGAGAGCGCCAAUUAUGCUGAGCACUGGUGUUCCCUGCUGAAGAGGUCGGAGACGCCUUUUGCCAGGUGCCACUUGGCUGUGGAUCCCACUGAAUACUACAAGAGGUGCAAAUACGACACGUGCAACUGUCAGAACAACGAGGACUGCAUGUGUGCGGCUCUGUCUUCCUAUGCCCGUGCCUGUGCUGCCAAGGGUGUCAUGCUGUGGGGCUGGCGUGAGCGCGUCUGCAACAAAGACCUGCAUGCUUGCCCCAGCUCACAGAUCUUCUUGUACAACCUGACCACUUGCCAGCAGACCUGCCGCUCGCUCUCAGAGGGUGACACCCACUGCCUCAAGGGAUUUGCACCUGUGGAAGGCUGUGGCUGCCCUGACCAUACCUUCAUGGAUGAGAAGGGCCGCUGUGUGCCCUUGGCUAAGUGUUCCUGCUACCACCAUGGUCUUUACCUGGAGGCAGGAGAUGUGAUCCUGAGGCAAGAGGAGCGCUGCAUUUGCCGGAACGGGAGGCUGCAGUGCACCCAGGUCAAACUGAUCGGCCACAGCUGUCAGGCCCCCAAAAUCCUUGUGGAUUGCAACAAUUUGACUGCUCUGGCCACCCGGAAACCCCGCCCCACCAGCUGCCAGACACUGGUGGCUGGUUAUUACCAUACAGAGUGCAUCAGUGGCUGUGUGUGUCCCGAUGGGCAGCUGGAUGAUGGCCGUGGUGGCUGUGUGGAGGAGGAGGAGUGUCCUUGCAUCCAUAACAAAGACCUAUACAAUCCUGGGGAGAGAAUCAAACUGGACUGUAACAACACCUGUACUUGCCAGAAAGGACGCUGGGAGUGUACCCGGUAUGCAUGCCACAGCACCUGCUCUAUCUAUGGCAGUGGCCACUACAUCACCUUCGAUGGAAAGCACUAUGACUUUGACGGACACUGCUCCUAUGUGGCUGUCCAGGACUACUGUGGCCAGAACUCUACCGGCUCCUUCAGCAUUAUCACGGAGAACGUCCCCUGCGGCACCACAGGUGUUACCUGCUCCAAGGCCAUAAAGAUCUUCAUAGGGGGAACAGAGCUGAAGCUGGUGGAUAAACAUCGCGUCAUAAAGCAGUUGGAGGAGGGCCACCAUGUGCCCUUCAUCACACGGGAAGUGGGCCUGUACCUGGUGGUGGAGGCCAGCUCUGGCAUUAUCGUUAUCUGGGACAAGAGGACAACCAUCUUCAUCAAACUGGCCCCUUCUUACAAGGGUACUGUAUGUGGUCUGUGUGGGAACUUUGAUGACCAGACCAAAAAUGACUUCACCACUCGGGACCACAUGGUGGUGACCAGUGAGCUGGACUUUGGGAAUAGUUGGAAGGAAGCUUCCACGUGCCCAGAUGUGACCCACACUCCAGACCCCUGCAGCCUGAACCCACAUCGUCGCUCCUGGGCAGAGAAGCAGUGUAGCAUUAUCAAGAGUGGUGUAUUCAAAGGGUGUCACAGCAAGGUGGACCCCACGGUCUUCUAUGAGGCCUGUGUGCAUGACUCCUGCUCCUGUGACACGGGGGGUGACUGUGAGUGCUUCUGCUCUGCUGUGGCCUCCUACGCUCAGGAGUGCACCAAGGCAGAGGCCUGCGUGUUCUGGAGGACGCCGGACCUGUGCCCUGUAUUCUGUGAUUACUACAACCCCCCAGAUGAGUGUGAAUGGCACUACGAACCAUGUGGGAACCGCACCUUUGAGACCUGUAGGACCAUCAAUGGCAUCCACUCCAACAUCUCUGUGUCCUACCUGGAGGGUUGCUACCCUCGGUGCCCUAAGGACAGGCCCAUCUAUGAUGAGGACCUGAAGAGAUGUGUGACUGAGGACAAGUGUGGCUGCUAUAUUGAGGACACUCGCUACCCACCCAAUGCAUCUGUUCCCACUGAGGAGAUCUGCAAGUCUUGUAUAUGUACCAACACCUCAGAAAUCAUCUGCCAUCCAGACGAAGGGAAGAUUCUUAACCAGACCCAGGAUGGUAUCUUCUGCUACUGGGAGUUCUGCGGCCCCAAUGGGACAGUGGAGAAACACUUCAAUAUUUGUGUCUCCUCCACGCCACCUCCAUCCACCCUGACAAGCUUCACCACAGUCUCCACCCCUAUCCCCAUCUCCACCACCACCACCACCACCACAACCACCAUCACUGCCACUACUGUCACUGCCACUACCACAGUCACGAUGACCACUACUGAAGUACCAUGCUGCUUCUGGUCUGACUGGAUCAACAACAACAGUCCUAGCGAUAGCAAUGAUGGUGGUGAUCGAGAGACCUUCGACAGCGUCUGUAGUGCUCCUGAGGACAUUCAAUGCAGGUCAGCCACAGAGCCCAAACUCAGCUGGGAGGAGCUGGGCCAGAAGGUACAGUGUAAUGCCUCAGUUGGGUUCAUUUGCCAUAAUGAAGACCAGUAUGGAAACGGAGACGGAGUAUUUGGACGUUGUUAUGACUAUGAGAUACGAGUCUACUGUUGCUAUCCAAGGGAGUACUGUACAACUCCAACCACCUCACCUACAACUUCACCAACAACUCUAUCUACCUCUUCCCCAACCACCUUACCUACAACUUCCCCACUCACUUCAUCUACUACUUCACCAACAUCCUCACCUAUCACUUCAACAGUUUCACCAAGUACCUCAACUUCCACAUCACCAACAAGCUUGCCUACUACUACAUCAAUCAUUUCACCAACCACUUCCCCGACCACUACACCAACCAUCUCAUCUACCACUACACUGAUGACUUCAUUUACUACUUCACAACCAUCUUCAUCAACCACCUCUCCUAGCAGUUCACCAACCACCUCUGUAACAACUUCACCAACCACUUCACCAGGAACCUCAACCACCACAUCACCAAGCACCAUUUCAUCAACCUUGCCUACCACAUUCACCACCACACCAGUGCCCACUACAUGCAUUGAAGAUUGCAAGUGGACAGGCUGGAAGGAUUCUGGCAAACCCACCCAUGAUAUAGAAAGUGGAGAUUUUGAACUGAUUGGAGAUGCCUGUGAACCAGGCUGGAGAGUAGAAAACAUCUCCUGCAGAGCUGUGAUGUAUUCCAACAAACCACUUGAUCAGCUAGGACAGAAAGUGAUUUGUGACAAAAAUGUUGGGCUAGUGUGCAGAAAUGCAGAACAGGAAAUAGGAGGGCUCAUACCAAUGCGUGUGUGUCUCAACUAUGAGAUCAAUGUUCAGUGCUGUAGUAUAGGAUGUACAACAACCACACAAACUUCAACCACCACUACAGUAACUUCUACCCCAACAUCUACCAGCACAGUGACUCCAACCCCACCUUCUACCACCACAGAGACAUCAACUGCAACAUCUACCACACAGACCACAACACCAACACCCCACACAAGCACCUCAACUCCAACAUCUACCACCACACAGACACCAAUCACAACCCCCACUACCACAGUGACUCCUACACCAACUGCUACCACCACAGAGACUUCACCUGAAACAUCUACCACCACACAGACCACAACACCAACACCCCACACAAGCACCUCCACCUCAAUAUCUACCACCACAC